AUGUGUGACCAGACGUUCGUGGCGGCCACUUUUGGCCCCUGUGACAGCUGCAGCAAAGCCAGUCCUCUAAUGAACAUCUACAUUAAGAAUGAGGCCAUCAACUACUGCUCCUUCUGUGUGGAGAUGAUGGCUUGUCAGGGGCUCCAGAAAGGGGAAACCCUGGCAUCACUAUCGAGAGAGAGCGACAAUCUGAAGAAGAAGCUGGAGGAGGAGCGGUCAAAACUCAACGACGUGGAGCUGCACCAGGUGGCUGAGAAGAUUGAGGUGUUGAGUGCUCUCAACGUAAAGACCAGACGUGUGCUGAAGGGUCAUGGGAACAAGGUGCUGUGUAUGGACUGGUGUACAGACAAACGUCGUCUGGUCAGCUCCUCACAGGAUGGAAAAGUGAUUGUGUGGGAUGGAUUUACUCUACAUAAGGAGCAUGGCGUCUCCAUGCCGUGUACAUGGGUUAUGGCAUGUGCUUAUGCUCCCUCAGGUUGUGCUAUAGCAUGUGGUGGACUGGAUAACAAGUGCUCAGUGUUCCCGCUGUCAAUGGACCCAAAUGAGAACCUGGCUGCAAAGAAGAAGACUGUCGCCAUGCACACCAACUAUAUAUCAGGAUGCACCUUCACCAACUCUGACAUGCAGCUCCUGACCGCCAGUGGCGACGGCACAUGUGCCUUGUGGGAUGUGGAGAGCGGGCAGCUGUUGCAGAGUUUCCAUGGUCACACAGCUGAUGUCUUGUCCCUGGACCUCGCCCCAUCUGAGACUGGAAACACUUUUGUCUCUGGGGGCUGUGAUAUGAAGGCUAACGUGUGGGACAUGCGCUCUGGCCAGAACAUUCAGUCUUUUGAGAGCCACGACUCCGACAUCAACUGUGUAAAGUACUACCCCAGCGGAGAUGCAUUUGCAUCUGCCUCUGACGACUCCACAUGCCGUUUCUAUGAUCUGAGAGCUGACCGUGAAGUAGCCAUCUACCAAAAGGACAGCAUCAUAUUUGGUGCUUCCACUGUGGACUUCUCUCUGAGUGGUCGCCUGCUUUUCGCUGGUUACAAUGACUACACUAUAAACGCAUGGGAUGUUUUAAAGGGAACUCGUGUUUCCAUCCUGUUUGGCCAUGAGAACCGUAUCAGCAGAUUGAGGGUGUCACCUGAUGGCACAGCGAUGUGCUCUGCCUCCUGGGACAACACCUUACGGGUAAGCAAGAGUUUCCCAGAAUAG